CUUUUUAUGGAUGCAACUUUUAAAAUUACCCAAGGAAGCCAAAUAUUUAUCAAGUGUUUACAGUUCUUGGCUUGAUAGACGACCAUCAGGCUUUACCAUUAUGCUGGGUGCUGAUGACGAAGAAGUCAACCAUUGCGUAUAAAACGGCACUUUCUUAUUUUAAAACAGAAUUGGCAACACACAUAACUCCACAGACUAUUAUGACUGAUUUUGAAGCGGCACUAGAUAACGCUAUCAAAUCUGUGUUUCCGGAAGCUGUCCAUACUGGAUGCUUUUUUUCAUUUCUGUCAGGCGAUAACAAGAAAAUUAAAAAGUCUCGGACUCCUAAAAUUAGUUCAAAAUUGGAAGUAUGGAAAAAUAUUGAUCAGAAAAAUAAUGGCGUUGGCUUUAUUGCCAUCAGUUGAUGCUUUGGACGGGUUUCAAUGGAUAAUAACAAAUAUUCCUAAUAAUGUGAAAACAUUAUUCGAGAUGUUCUUAUUAUAUUUUGCUGACCAAUGGAUUAAAAAAUCUCCACCAACAUUAUGGAGCGUUUACGGUCUUCUUCAUCGAACUGAUAACCUUGCUGAAACCUAUCACAAAAAGGCGAAUCUACGAUUUGGCUCUCAUUCUCCGAUUUGGAAGUUUACAGAGAAUUUAACUGCUUUACAAGCUGUUACUCACAUUGAGUAUUUGUCAUUACGCAAUGGUGACAAUAUUGUCAGACCACGUCCGUCUCGCACACAGGAAAUGGAUAUGAAAAUUCUAAGAGCAUGGCAACUGUUUAAUGACAAUACCUUGGAUGUUCCUCAUUUUUUGGCUUGUGCGAGUAACUUUUUGCAAUCUUUUCAACGAGAUAUUACUCACAAUGUAGUAAUGGAACAUGAUGGUGAUCAGCAAAACAACGCAUUUGAUAGUGAUGAUGGCAUUAUGAACAAUAAUUAUGAUAACCAUUUGGUAUUUCUGGAGCUAGAUAUUAUGCAAAAUUACUAAAUAAAUUAUAUUACUCGGUUCACUUUU